UGAGAGGAAAUUUCCAGUUCCAAAGCCAGUUGAUUACAAUUGCCAUGAAGUGGUCAUGGAGAUCAUAAAUGGUUACCCUCUAUGUCAGAUACACCAUGUUGAAGAUCCUGCCUCGGUAUAUGAUGGAGCCAUGGAAUUAAUUGUAAGACUUUGGGAUCAUGGGCUGAUGCAUGGAGAUUUCAAUGAAUUCAAUCUCAUUUUGGAUGAAAAUGAUCGUGUCACCAUGAUCGAUUUCCCACAGAUGGUCUCAACUUCUCAUCCCAAUGCUGAAUGGUAUUUUGACAGAGACGUCAAGUGCAUUAGAGAUUUCUUCAUGAAGCGUUUUGGCUGUGAAAGUGAGCUUUAUCCAACCUUUAGUGAUAUCAGGAUGGAAGGCUCUCUUGAUGUGGAGGUUUCUGCCAGUGGCUACACAAAGGAGCUGCAGGCUGGUGACAACCUGCUGCAGUGAGUGGGCCCAGAUGAGAGGGACACUGAGACAGAAGAGGGACCUCAGUUUUUGUUUUCUGAUGGAGAAGUGUCAGAAAAAUCAGAGGUUUGUAGUUCCAAAGAUGAAAGUGAACAGAACUGUGUGGACCAGUCAGGUGGCUACAGAUCAUUUGAAGACCUGGAACAGAUCAGGGAGGACAGUUCAUCAGAGCAGAGUGCUGGUGCACACCACUUUGAAAUGACUGACUUCAGCUAGGCUUUAGAAGAAAUGAAAGGGCAGGUUGUUGACAAAAAUUUCAUACCUGAAUUUUCUGAGGAGAGAAACAGAAAUGAAAAUUACCUGAGAGAAGGUGGUCAGACACCUCAAGGAGAAGCCUCUGCUGACUCUGAGGAGUGUGUGGAUGAAUGCUCUCAUCUAACUGCCUUCUGUCACUGAGUAAAGAAUCCAGGUCUCUCAGAGAUGAAAAAAAAAAAUAUGGGAGACAUUAAUUGGUGUAGAACAAGAACUCUGAGUAUUACUUCUCAUAUGGGCCAGGGUUGUGAGUUGUUCAAC